GCGCACUGUGACGAAGCACAGAAGCUCCGCCUCCCUGUAACAAGAGAUGCAAAGAAACCAGCCGAUGUUUUCAUGAGACAUCAAUGCAUAUUACAUUACACAGGCUGCAUAAAAGAGCGACAGACUCGUGUCAUUCAGUCUGUCAGACAAACGAAACCCAGAUGAAAUGGAGACGGAUGUACUGUUGAAAACGAGAAACGCAUGACGGCGUGGAUGCUUUUGUCGUCGAAUUAAAGCGGACGUGUGCAACCUCACGUUGGUAAAUAAAUCGUCUGGACGAAAACCUCAUUCAGGUCGAGCAUUUUUUUUUAUUGUAAUAUUUUACGCGAAUGUGGUCAAUAAUUGAAAGACAUUGGCUGUGCACUGUUUUGAUCGGUAAUGUUUGAGUACUUGUUUGUUUCUGAUGAGGUAUAGAGCUUAACACUUUCCAGACCUUCAAGUUGCUAAUGGAGAUAAUAGAGACCUGACAUGAACUCUAAAGUGCCCUUAAGAGGUGUGACGGACUGAAGACUGUUGUGAAGGCCUCGAGCAUACAGUACACGCGACUCUUUCGAGCUCCAUUGACUUCCAGCACCACGGACAGCGAGCAUGACGCGGUUACGCAGGAAAGCGUGCGUGGCUCUUCUUCUCUUCACGCUCUUCAUCUUUGGCACUAUGAUGGGCUUGCGAACCCUCAAACCCACUGACGGUUUCUCUGACCUCGCACCAGGUAUCGAGUUAAUGCCUUUAGUUGGAGAGAGAAUGGAGCAGAGACUCGUUCGUGCCGGUGACUCGGCGGGUCAAACCGCUGUUAGCAGUGACACAAAGAUCGUGUUCUCCAACUCCGGUCCCGACCACAGCAUUUUCUACGACAUACACAUCUUCUAUUAUUUAUGGUAUGGCUCGGCACAGAUGGACGGCAGUUAUAUACACUGGGACCACGUACUAGUACCGCACUGGGACCCUAAAAUAGCUGCAAGUCAUCCUAAAGGUCGACACAAUCCUCCGGACGACAUUGCGUCCAGUUAUUACCCUGAACUGGGAGCCUACAGCUCCAGGGAUCCAGAUGUCAUUGAGUCGCACAUGGCACAGAUUGAAGCUGCAGCUGCAGGUGUUGUGGUGCUUUCCUGGUACCCGCCUGGUGUGGCAGAUGAACAUGGCAAAGCCUCAGAAGAUCUAGUGCCUGCUGUGAUGGACGCUGCCCAUAGACACAGUAUCAAGGUUGCGUUUCACCUGCAGCCAUACAAAGGCCGAACGGACCUCAGUGUGCAUGACAACAUCAAAUACAUCAUUGACAAAUAUGGCAAACACGGUGCUUUCUACAGGUUCAGGUCGAGCACCGGAAGGGUCCUUCCCCUCUUUUACGUGUACGACUCGUACCUGACACCAUCCGAGUCCUGGGCUGAGCUGCUGACCGCUCGCGGCUCUCACAGCGUCCGAGGAACCCCUUACGAUGGCAUCUUCAUUGCUCUUAUCGUAGAAGAACGUCAUAAGGGGGACAUCCUGUCUGGUGGUUUUGACGGCAUGUACACUUACUUCGCCUCCAACGGUUUCUCCUUCGGAUCUUCGCAUCAGAACUGGAAAGCGGUCAAAGCUUUCUGCGACAAGAACAACUUGCUGUUCGUGCCCAGCGCUGGGCCCGGUUACGUGGACACCGCCGUUCGUCCCUGGAACAAUCACAAUACACGCAACAGAGUGAACGGACGAUAUUACGAGACCUCUUUGCAGGCGGCGAUGUCCGUCAGGCCUGACAUCAUCACGAUAACCUCAUUUAACGAGUGGCAUGAGGGAACUCAGAUCGAGAGGGCCGUGCCCAAGAAAACUGUGGCCCGUCUGUAUUUGGACUACAAACCCCAUCAACCGGACCAUUACCUGGAGCUCACUAGAAAGUGGGCGGAGCAUUUCAGUAAAGAGAAAGAGCAGUGGCUUAUGUGAUUGGACAUUACGUCUCUGAAUUGUCUUCAUGCUACCAUUAUCAAUUACUAUCCGUCAAUUCAUUUAGAUGUUAAAGGCAGCUAGUUAACAUUUGAUUAACUGAUACGUUUCUUUUACUGUACGUUUUCUUGCUGACUGAAUGAUGCAGGUAUUUAAAUGUUCGCCCAAAAAUUCUGCUAUUA